AUGGCUGACGUGCCCAUUGUGCUCGAUGGCGGAACCGGUUUCCUCAAGGCUGGUUACGCCGGCCAGAACUUCCCCGAGCAACAGUACCCGUCUAUCGUCGGUCGCCCAAUCCUCCGUACCGAAGAGCAGACUGGCCUAGAUGUCCAGCUCAAGGACAUCAUGUGCGGUGACGAGGCUGCCGCUGCCAGAUCCAUGCUCCAGAUCACCUAUCCCAUGGAGAACGGUAUCGUCAAGCGCUGGGACGACAUGCAACAUCUCUGGGACUACACCUUCUUCGAGAAGAUGAAGGUCGAUCCUACCGGCCGCAAGAUCCUCCUCACCGAACCACCAAUGAACCCCUUGAAGAACCGCGAAAUGAUGGCUGAAGUCAUGUUCGAACGUUACAACUUUGGUGGUGUCUACGUCGCCAUUCAAGCCGUGCUUGCCCUCUACGCCCAGGGUCUGUCAUCUGGUGUCGUCGUAGACAGUGGUGAUGGUGUUACCCAUAUCGUUCCCGUCUACGAGAGUACCGUCCUCAACCACCUCACCCGCAGACUCGAUGUUGCUGGAAGAGAUGUCACGCGCAACCUCAUCUCCCUCCUCACCCGCCGUGGUUACGCCCUCAACAGAACCGCCGAUUUUGAGACUGUUCGCGCUAUCAAGGAGAAGCUCUGCUAUGUUUCCUACGAUCUCGCUCUUGAUAAGCAACUCAGCGAAGACACCACUGUUCUUGUCGAGUCCUACACCCUCCCCGACGGUCGCGUCAUUCGUGUUGGUUCUGAACGCUUCGAAGCUCCCGAAUGUUUGUUCCAACCUCACCUCGUCGAUGUCGAACAACCUGGUAUCGCCGAGUUCCUCUUCAACACCAUUCAAGCCGCCGAUGUCGAUGUCAGAUCAAGUCUGUACAAGGCUAUUGUCUUGUCUGGUGGUAGCAGCAUGUACCCUGGUCUUCCUAGCAGAUUGGAAAAGGAAUUGAAGCAACUUUGGCUCACAAAGGUCUUGCAAGGAAACCCAGAGAGAUUGAGCAAAUUCAAGGUCAGGAUAGAAGACCCGCCGAGAAGAAGGCAUAUGGUCUUCUUGGGAGGUGCAGUCCUCGCAAACAUUAUGGCCGACAAGGAGAGCAUGUGGAUAUCCAAGCAAGAGUGGCAAGAACAGGGUACUCGUGCCUUGGACAAGCUGGGCGCUCGAUGA